AUGCCUGCGGUGGCGCUGAGAUGUGGGCUGAUUAUAAGAGGACAGAAGAUGUAUUCUGUCCAGCAGGUUACUACUGCCCAACGGGAACAUCCAAAAAGUCCUGUAGCAGCGGGCACUAUUGCAGGUUGGGUUGCACCACUGAAGAUAGGUGCAUUGAGUGUGGUGCUUUUUAUCAUAUAUAACUUCUCAGAUCAGUUCCUCACAAUCCGUGAACGGAGAGAAACAAGAUCGAGGGAGGAAGCCAUUAAGAUGGCUAGGCAGCAGAUCAGAGCACAAAAGCACUGGAAGGUGGCAAAACAGCUAUUGAAGAGUCAUGUAAACAGAAGGCAGAGUGAUGUUCCUCACACGUUAGGGUCCUUUGCUCAACAUGCACAUAGAGAGAACUCUACCCAUAGAACGGAAGAGACACCAAUGGUUCCACUGAAGGCACAGGAACUAUCAGAAGCUUCAGUGUUUGAGAGUGAAGGCACGAACGAGAUAUCUGAAUCUGCUUCGUCAGUUGUGGUGAUUUCGAGUGGUGGUGGGGAAACUGCUGUUACCAAGAACAAAUGUGCCCUGAAAGGAAAGCACAGAUCAACACUCUCACAAAGAUUCAAGUACGCAUAUGUGAGUAUUGAGAAGGAGAAGAUCGAGGAGCAAGAAAACAAGAACCUUUCCUCCAGUAGUGUCAUUAUUACGGGAAAAACAAGCUCUGAGAUCUAUCACAGGGGAGCUCCAGCCUGGCCAUGUUACCACUGUCAUGGGCCCUCAGGUGCUGGCAAAACCAUAUUCCUCAGUGCCAUUGCUGGGAAGGUAGCCGGCUAUAAGAUUAACGGUUCGAUCCGUGUUAAUGGAAAGAAUGACAAAAUCCGCUCUUAUAAGAAGAUUAUUGGCUUUGUGCCACAAGAUGAUAUUGUUCAUGGAAACUGA